AUGAGAGUACACUGUGCAGGAAGGGGGAGAGAUUACACAGGUGCAGGACGUGGGGAGAAGAGUACACAGGUGCCCCAGAACUGGAAAGGAGAGAGUUCACCGGUGCAGGAGGAUGGAGGAGAGGUGUCAGGAGGUGAGAGUCCACAGGUGCUAGACAGGAGGUGCAGCGGGGUUGAGAGUACACAGGUGCAGACGGAGGAGAGUGUACACCAGGUGCAGACAGGGAGGAGAGAUGGGUGUCAGGAGGUGAGAUCCACAGGUGCAGGACGGAGAGUGAGUACACAUGGUCGCAGACGGGGGGUGGAGGGGAGAGGUUCAAAGGUGCAGACGGGGGGAGCAGAGUACACAGGUGCUGACGGGGGAGGGAGAGUACACAGGUGCAGACGGUGGAGAGAGUACCACAGGGCAGACGGAGGAGAGAGUGUCAGGAGGAGGAGGAGUCCACAGGUGCAGACGGUAGGUGCAGACGGAGGAGAGAGUUCCACAGGGCAGACGGAGGACGAGAGGGUCAGGAGGAGAGAGUCCACACGGUGCAGACGGAGGAGAGAGUACACUGGUGCAGACCGGGGGAGAGGAGAGGAGUCUCAGCGUAUGAGGACUGGGGGAGAGAGUACACAGGUGCAGACGGGGGCGGAGAGUACACAGGUGAGGACGAGGAGAGAGUACACAGGUUUUGCAGACGGAGGAGAGCGGUCGUUCAGGAGGAGAGAGUCACAGGUGCAGUCGGAGGAGAGAGUACACUGGUGCAGUCAGGGGAGAGAGUACACAGGUGCAGACGGGGGAGAGAGAGAGAGUACACAGGUGCAGACGGGGGACGAGAGCAAACAGGUGCAGACGGAGGAAGAGAGUACACAGGUGCAGACGGAGGAGAGAAGGUGUCAGGAGGAGAGAGUCACAUGCGUUGCAGAGGACGGGAGAGAGUACCACAGGUGCAGACGGGGGGCGGUGAAGAGUGGUACAACAGGUGCGACGGGGGAGAGAGUACACAGGUUCAGACGGGGGUGA